GCUUUUCAAUCCGCCAGACCAGCCACUCUACUCCUGUGGUCACGCUCUCAUCCCUCCAGCUCGUACACUCUCUGUCUUACAAUUCUCACAGGCAAAAAAGCAAAAAAGUUCGCCAGCACAGAAGUGUGGUGGCGUCUCGAGUCCCCAGCCACACACAGGGAAAGGGAACAAAGCCUAAAGCCUGCGCCACGUCGAAACUGCCCCGCUAAGCCCCGCGGCACCACCACGAUGACGACGUCGCGACUUUCCUCGGAGCUCUUUGAACUUGCGGUGCGGAGAAAAGGAAAAUAGAGAGAUAGUAACCAUGGCGUCCGAAUCAAGACUGUACAGCUUCUCUGGCGAGACCAGGGAACACCUUCGCAAGUUCCGUCUGGGGACCUCGAGGGCCAAGGAGUCCCAGGCCGUUAUUUACAUGAUCGACAAGAACACCCACGAGAUCCGACAAGACGAUGACAAGACAGUAUACACCUCCCUUGACGAAAUCGGCGACGAUCUGCCGGACCACGCCCCUCGAUUUGUUCUAUUAAGUUAUCCGCUGACUCUGCCCGACGGACGCAUGUCUGUUCCCUAUGUUAUGCUCUACUACCUCCCUAUAACAUGCAAUGCCGAAGUCCGCAUGCUCUACGCCAGCGCCAAGGAGCUCAUGCGCAACACCAGCGAGGUGAACCGUAUAAUCGAUAUCGAGUCGGUCGAGGACUUGGAGGAGAUUCCAGACAAGCUUGUGUCCGAAUAGACGCUGGAGACCAUCUCAACCAUAUCAGCCUGGAAAUUAAUGCAAUGCUUUAAUGCAAUAUUGCUAAGCAUGUGCUGUUUACAGAUGAUUAACGCAUGAGGAGUCCUUUCACUGAGGGGAUCCUCUUAUUGGAGCAUUUUGUGGCAAUAUGUGUGUUCAUAAUAUGCAACUACAUUCACCAUAUACCACGAUUGAACAAGAAAUAUAAAUUCACUUUGAGCCAUAAGGUUGGCAU